AUGGGCUCCUCAAGCCUGCUCGACCAGUACGGCGACGCCGUCAGCCAGAGUGGCCGCUCGUCUCGUCACCACGCGAGGAGCAGCCGCCACGGCCACAAGAAGCGCCGCUCGCACUCGCACUCGCCGGACAGGUCGCGCUCCCGGAACCGCGGCGGAAUCUUUGGCGGCGAGAGCGGCCACCGCAGGCACAGCGGCUCCAAGGGCUCGUUCUUUGGCCUGGGCGGCGGUAACAACAGCCGCUCCAGCCUGUUUGGAAGCAGCCGUCCCUCGUACUACAAACGCUCUCCUCGUGAGGGCUUCGUCCAGCGCUGCAUCAAGCAACUCAAGCGACUCCUCCGCGAUCUGCAGCACUACGCCAAGCGCCACCCGUGGAAGGUCUUCUUCCUCGUCAUCCUGCCCCUCGUCACCGGAGGCGCCCUGACGGCCCUGCUGGCGCGCUUUGGCCUCCGCAUCCCGCCCUCGCUCGAGCGCAUGCUGGGCGUGGCCAAGCGCGCCGCCACGGGCGACCCCUUCAGUGCUGUGGGCGAUGCUGUGCGCAUGGCCGGCGAGUAUGGCAACCCCAACGCCAGCGGCAACGCCAUUGCCAGUGCCGCCGGCCACUCGUACGCCAAUGCCGCAGGGCAGUCAUAUGCUAAUGCCGCUGGCCAGUCGUAUGCCCGCGGCUCUCGUGUCGAGCGCGGCCGCAGCGGUGACUUACAGUGGGAGCGCAAGGCCAGCUACUACGAUGAUCGCGGCCAGGAGGGCGGCAUGAUGGACGGUUUCCGCAAGGGCGUGUCCAAGUUCUUUUCAUAG